AUGUUCCCAUGGCUAGCUCAUGGCCAUAUAUUCCCUUAUCUCGAGCUAGCCAAAAGACUCCUCAACAGAAAAAACUUCCACAUCCACCUGUGCACGACCGCCGUCAAUUUCCCCUCAAUCCAAGACUUCAUUCUCAAAAACUCGCUUCAACACUCCAUAGACUUGGUUCAACUCCAUUUGCAGCCAUCGCCGGAGCUUCCCCCGAACCACCAUACCACCAAAAAUCUCCCCUCGAACCUCAUCCCCUCUCUCCUAAAAUUAUUACAGACAUCAGAACCCAACUUUUCAGACAUCGUCAGCACGCUAAAUCCCGACCUCGUGAUCUACGACGUUUUCCAACCGUGGGCCGCCAGAAUCGCUUCGUCCAAGAGCAUCCCGGCCGUCCAUUUUCUCCCCCUCCGAACUGCCACCACAUCCUACGUCUACCACCACCACUCCACCGAACAAAACUUCCCUUUCCCGGAACUCCAUCUGUCCGACCACGCGAAGGAGAGAAUGGACUCGUUCGUCGAGUUUCUAAAGGACAACAUCUUUUUCGAGGGCCGAAACUCUUUCAUCAACUUCGAGCUCUCGUCGGGUGUUGUCCUGCUGAAGACGUGUCGCGCGUUGGAGGAGAAGUACAUCGACUACCUCUCCGGAGCCUUCCGGAAGAAACUCCCGGCCGUGGGCCCGCUCGCAGCUUGGAGAUUCUGCGGUGGCUCGACGUGCUUCCCGUCCAAGGAAGAGAUAGCGGAGAUAGCGAGGGGGCUCGAGGCUUGCCGCGCAAGCUUCGUGUGGGUGGUUCGGUUCCCCUUGAGGAGGCCCUUCCGGAAGGGUUCCUCGGGAAAAGGGGUUGGUCAUGGCAUGCCGAUGAAGCUCAACAUGUUCGUAGAUGUUAAGAUGAUGGUGGAUGCCGGUGUUUAUGUGGAGGUCGAGAGGAAAGGGAAUAGUGAGGGGUAUAAGGGAGACAAGAUAGCGAACGCGAUAAAUGAAGUGAUUGUGGAGAAAACGGGAGAACGGAUGAGGGGAAAGGCGCUUGAGUUGAGCGAGAAGAUGAGGGUGGAAGAAGAGGUGGAGAUGGAUGCAACGAGUGAGUUGUUGUGGGAGCUUUGUUUACAAGCUAAAGUUCAAAAGGAGUGA